UAUAUGUCCCUAUUCCCCACGCACCAUCCCCUAAGUCUUCCCCACGCACGCAUCUCACCUCCCACCGGAAACUAACCGCCAUGACCCGCCUCGCCGCCGCCGUACUCCUCCUCCUCGCUCUCUCGGCCUCCGUCACCGUCCACGGCCGUGAAAUCUCCGACAACUUGAUCAGAUUGCCAUCGGAAUCUUCGCGAUUCUUCGACGACGAGACCGAUGCUUUGGGGACCAGAUGGGCGGUCCUGAUUGCGGGAUCUAGCGGCUACUGGAAUUACAGGCACCAGGCCGAUGUCUGUCAUGCCUAUCAACUCCUGAAGAAAGGUGGGCUUAAAGAUGAAAACAUCGUUGUUUUCAUGUAUGAUGACAUUGCUUUCAAUGAAGAGAACCCCAGGCAGGGAAUCAUAAUUAACAGCCCUCAUGGUGAAGAUGUAUAUGAUGGAGUGCCAAAGGAUUAUACAGGAGAUGAUGUCACUGUUAACAACUUCUUUGCUGCUAUUCUUGGAAACAAAACUGCCCUUACAGGAGGCAGUGGAAAGGUUGUGGACAGUGGUCCAAACGACCAUAUUUUUAUAUAUUACACCGAUCAUGGGGGUCCUGGUGUCCUUGGGAUGCCUACCAGUCCUUACAUUUAUGCAAAUGACCUGAUCGAGGUCUUGAAAAAGAAGCAUGCAUCUGGGACCUAUAAAAGCAUGGUAUUUUAUCUUGAAGCUUGUGAGUCUGGGAGUAUUUUUGAGGGCCUGCUUCCGGAAGGUCUGAAUAUAUAUGCAACCACGGCAUCUAAUGCAGAAGAGAGUAGCUGGGGAACCUACUGCCCUGGAGAGUAUCCCAGUCCUCCUGAAGAAUACGAAACCUGUUUGGGUGACUUGUAUAGUGUUGCCUGGAUGGAGGACUGUGACAUUCACAAUCUGCGGACAGAAACUUUGCUGCAGCAGUAUGAACUGGUGAAAACUCGAACUGCAAACGACAAUUCAGCUUAUGGUUCGCACGUCAUGCAAUAUGGUGACCUACCUCUUAGCAAGGACAAUCUUUUCCUGUAUGUGGGUACAAAUCCUGCAAAUGAUAACUUCACUUUUGUGGCUGAAAACUUCCUGCGGUCAUCUUCAAAAGCUGUUAACCAGCGUGAUGCUGACCUUCUACAUUUCUGGGCCAAGUUCCGCAAGGCUCCAGAAGGCUCUCCCAGGAAACUUGAAGCUCAGAAGCAGUUUGUCGAGGUUAUGUCACAUAGGAUGCACAUCGACAAUAGCAUGAAGAUGAUAGGGAAGCUUUUAUUUGGAAUCAAGAAGGGUCCUGAGGUUCUGGAGACUGUCCGGCCUGCUGGGCAUCCUCUUGUUGACGACUGGGACUGUCUUAAAUCUCUGGUAAGGACAUUUGAAACACAUUGUGGAUCUAUAUCCCAAUACGGAAUGAAACACAUGCGCUCAGUCGCCAACAUCUGCAAUGCCGGAAUCCGGAAGGAGCAGUUGGCUGAGGCAUCGGCUCAAGCUUGUGUCACCAUUCCUUCUGGUCACUGGAGUUCACUUCACAAGGGUUUCAGUGCGUGAUUCUAGCAGGAUGAUGCCCAACCUCGAUGGCAAAACCCAUUGAUAGUAGGUUUCUCGCAAUGGGGCUUGGUCUUUCUUUAUACUGAUUUAUGUUCAUUAUUCUCAUUUAGUGCUUGUUUGUAAGAUUGCUUCAGUGUAAAUACAGGAUGGAAGCAGUUGUGUAAGAAAACUGGUUUGUAUCGAACUAUACUUGUUCCCCUUGUAAGAAAUAUAUUACAAAGGUGCUUGUGAUGUGGCUAGGGAUGGAUGUCAUCUGUGAAUUAAACGAACCAUUGUCUGGAAUACAGCUUGGUGGAUAAUCUAUUCUCUUGUACUAUGUUUUUUGAGGGCAAA